AUGAGCCGAGCCAAGCUGGGGGGAACCACCCAUGCGAUGACGUCACGGCGCUCUGACAAGCUGGUGGUGCCGGAAGAAAAGAUGGCGGAUCAAGAGGAGCCGAUCAGCAACGAAGAAAAGGUGCGCAUAGCAGCGAAAUUCAUCAUUCACGCCCCACCAGGAGAGUUUAAUGAAGUUUUUAAUGAUGUGCGAUUUCUCCUCGACAAUGACAAUCUCCUCAGGGAAGGUGCAGCGCACGCAUUUGCACAAUACAACUUGGACCAGUUUACCCCUGUGAAAAUUGAGGGCUAUGAUGACCAGGUUUUAAUCACAGAGCACGGGGAUCUGGGGAACGGCCGGGUCCUGGACCCCAAGAACAAGAUCUCUUUCGCCUUCGACCACUUGAGGAAGGAGGCCAGCGAGCCCCGGCGUCACGAUGUGGAUGGCUCCAUGGAAAAGUGGAGGAGUGCCGUGGACUCGGCCGUCAGGGCCUACGUCAAGGAGCACUACCCCAACGGAGUCUGCACCAUUUACGGCAAAACCAUUGACGGGCAUCAGACCAUCAUUGUGUGCAUCGAGUGCCAUCAGUUUCAGCCCAAAAACUUCUGGAAUGGACGCUGGAGGUCGGAAUGGAAAUUCACUGUCUCUCCAUCCUCCACUCAAGUGGCAGGAAUCAUGAAGAUUCAGGUUCAUUACUACGAGGACGGCAACGUUCAGCUGGUGAGCCACAAGGAAGUGCAGGAGUCCAUGUCCAUUUCUAAUGAGGCUACAACCGCAGAAAGGUUUGUCAAGAUCAUGGCAGCCGCCGAGGGUGACUAUCAGACGGCCAUCAACGAGAACUAUCAGACCAUGUCGGAAACUACCUUCAAAGCCUUACGCCGCCAGCUUCCUGUUACACGCACCAAGAUCGACUGGAACAAGAUUUUGAGCUACAAGCUCGGCAAGGAGAUGCAGAAUGCUUAAAAAAAAAAAAAACAACUAACCCCCUCCUUUGUCUUGACCA